UGGAUUUCAUCUUUAAAGGGAAAAGGCGUCGUAGUGUACAAAUAAUAAAGAGAGGAGAGGGCAUAAAAGAAGAUAGAUCGGUCAAUCAAUAGAGGAGGGAGGAGGGAGGAGGGAGGAGCAGAUCUGUGGCCGUCCGCCGUAUAUAUAGUUUAAGGCAUUAAUCAUGGGCGUUAUUAAAUUUGGAAUCCUCUUCUUCUUCUGCUUCCUCUUGGAGCCGACCUGUGAUGCUUCAAACCCCAUUCCAUCCGUUCAUGAUAACCAAGUCUGUGAGUUGUGUGAUAAGUAUCUCACCCUAGCCAUUGAUUACCUCCAAAAUGAGGACAACCAGAAUGCAUUUGUUGAAGCCCUCCACAUGACCUGCUCCCAGAUUCCUCCUUUGCAAAAACAGUGUCUUGCCAUGGUAGAUCGUUAUACCCAACGUUUCUUCACUCAAGUCUCCCUUCUCAAGCCCCACCAUAUCUGCAAAUCCCUUAACCUCUGUCAACCACCCCUUCAUUCCCAAGGAAACUGUGAUGCUUGCCACGAUACUGUCUCUCAACUCCUCCCCAAACUCAAGGAUCCUCAGACUAAGCUCAAGAUAAUUCGCUUGCUUCUCAAAGAAUGCAAGUCCCUCAACAAUUACCAGGACAAGUGCAAGAAGAUGGUGUUCGAGUACGGCCCACUGAUGCUUGCCGAUUUGGAGAAUUUUCUGGAAAAGAAAGACGUCUGUUCUAUCCUUGGCGUCUGUCCCACCCAUAGUUUCUACGUCCUUCCUGCCGCGCUGGCAGAUUCCUAGAUUUGACCACCCACCUUUCUUUCACCUUCAUUCCUUUGGUGGUAACAAUAACAUUCUGCUCUGUGAAAGGUUAUCAUGUUUUGGAAAACCGUUGGGUGUUCACUAUACAAUGGUGGGCAUUGCUUGUUGUUCAUUCUCGCAUUGUUUGAUAUGUAAUGUUUGUCUGUGAAGUAGGCUUGGCUUUAUUAGGGUUUCAUUUUUUUAUUUAAAGUUUUUGACGUUGAUUUAAAAACAUAAAAUGUUCACGUCAUUGUGAGGGAAAAAGAACCAAGAGUGGAUUUUUUAUCAAGGAA